UCUAAUUUGAUAAAAAGUUCAAAUUUCCAGGUAAAUAAAUCAUCUCCAAUUCCUACACUGACAAAAUGACUGCAAAUGAAAAUGGCUCAAUUUGUGGGUUGCCUGGUUGGAUUGGUAUCGCAAGGAACGACACGGUCGGCUACAUCAACGACGCUAUUCUUGCUGUUGUCAAUGGACCCUCCGCCACUUUUGCAUUCCUUAGUAAUCUGGCCAUUAUUGUCGCUGUCGCUAAGAACCCCUCGUUACAGAGGCCAAGUAACAUUCUACUGUGCAGCCUGGCCUCCGCAGAUUGCCUCACAGGAAUCACUGCUCAGCCCAUGUUUGUCGUGUGGCGGUUUUUCCUUCAAAGAGCUCAGCAGUCGUGUUCACACCAAGUCUUGAUAUUUGACGUAUAUUACACUUUGAAUCUGUUUACAACCGGGCUGUCAUUUACCAUUUUUAUGAUCAUCAGUUUUGAUCGCCAUCAUGCUUUGUCAAAACCUUUGAUAUAUCGCACAAAUGCGACAAAACGAGGUGAGUUUCUAGAUGUGCAUGUUGUGCCCAUAAUUGUAAGAUUUAUCUUUACUUAUGAUAACGAUGUUCAGUUAAGUUUUCUCCAAUAUGAUAGGAAAGGUCUUGAGUUAUAUCACACAGCAAUCGCAGACUACGUUGUAAGCGUUCCAAUAAGAAUGAAAGAUGCGUUGAGAACUGUCCUUAUCGCCAGUGCUAUUUGGCUCCUGCUUAUCAUCUCCAUACAUUUUAUUUUGCCACCAAUAGCUGGGUACGUUGCUGUAAUUAUUUGUGGCGUGUCGUUUCUUGUGAUUCCAAUUGUCAAUCACAUCAGAAUGCUGUUCGCCAUUCGCCAUCACAACAAUCAGCUGGGCGAUGCUGUGGCUGCACAUCAAAUGUCAGCGCAUGGCAACAUCAUUUUUUUUUCCACAGAUGCGAUGAGAACUGUCCUUAUCGCCAGUGCUAUUUGGCUCCUGCUUAUCAUCUCCAUUUGUUUUAUUUUGUCACCAAUGGCUGGGUACAUUGCUAUGAUUAUUUGUGGCCUGUUGGUUCUUGUGAUCCCAGUUGUCAAUCACAUCAGAAUGCUGUUCGCCAUUCGCCAUCACAACAAUCAGCUGGGUGAUGCAGUGCCUGCACAUCGAAUGUCAGUGGUAAUGCGGCGAGAGAAGCAAGUUGCCGUCAACAUGUGUGUUGUCGCCAUCAUCCUUCCGGCUUCCCUGAUGCCAGGCUUUUUAAUGAAGUUUUUUGAACUUCGAUAUCCUCGAGUGCACGCUAUUGUACUACCUUGGUCUAUAACCGUAGCACUUCUGACGUCAUCUAUUAAUCCCGUGUUUUAUCUUGUCCGGAAUCCAAAUCUUAGAAGUGCAGUGAAGUCUAUAAUUAACAUAUGAUUAUUGGAAUUUUUUAGAAUACGUUUACAUUUCAAGGUUUACUUUGCAAUUUAAUAACCCAAACCUACCUUCGCCCCUAAUCGCUCCUCUGGGACAAAAGCACUACCCUCACUUCCAUAAAAACCUUGUCACAUCUAAUAGGCCCAAAGGUUUCGAGAACGGACGAAACUUACGCUCUUAUACAAGAACACCUGGAGUUUUCCGGGACUUCUCUAAAGAAUUAAAUAGCAUUAUGCAAAGUUUUCUAAAUUCGAAUAUUACAUGAGAAAUAGAACAAAGACGAUAAGCCGUAAUAUUUGCGAAGGGCUGGAAUAAAGUACAUGUACAUGCUUCGAAUCCCCCGCGUGUGAUUUCCAAAAUGUUGCGUAAAUCUGUGAUUUUUUGAAUGAUAUAGCACAAUACAAUGUUGUACCUUUUUCACGAGUGAUUACAACCGUGACUGGUUUACUUCUGCACAUCUGGUUUUGAAAGCUUUGCAGUUACAGUAAACUAACGAUAAAAUUUUGAAAACUGACUUGGUUCCUUAU